AUGUCGCAGGACCUCGCGGAAUACUCUGAGAAUCUCCUGCCAUCUGCCCAGGCCUUGCUCUCCAACCAAACAGGCCAUUCUAAGGACAAGCAAGCUCGCCAUGUUGGCAUCGUCGGUGCCGGGUUCGCAGGCCUACGAUGUGCAGAUAUCCUACUCGCGCAUGGACUCGAGGUGACGAUCCUUGAAGCGCGCGAUCGGAUUGGAGGAAGAGUCCACCAGACUGACAUGCUGGGCCAUUCAGUAGAUAUGGGCCCCAACUGGGUUCACGGAACAUCUACCAACCCUAUCAUGGCCUUAGCCAAAGAGACCGGAACAGCGCUCUGCGGAAUCGAAGAUACUCCGUUCAUCUUUGGGAGAAAUGGCGUGGAAGUCGAUCCUGACAAGGUCUCCUGGGCCCUAGACACGGUCUGGAGCCUUGUUGACAAAGCGUUCAAGUACAGCAAUGAUAAAUAUCCCCACAUCCCGUCAGACUAUAGUCUUAAGGACUUCUUUGCUGAUCAGGUCCAGAAGAUGGGUCUUUGUGACACAGACUCGACGCUCGUCAUGGACAUGGCCGCGAUGUGGGGAUGA